AUGUAUAACGGAAAUAACGGUACAGAUCUGAACAAUAUUUCAGUUGGCUUACGCCGGCCGAAUGAACGUUAUAUCGUUAUGGACAACAUUGAAGAUGAAUGUUAUAUGGUCAGAGUUAAUGAUGAAAAAUUUGGUGGUUUAGUUGGAAAUGGAAACAUUGGAUUUAUUGUUGGUAAUACCGGCAGUUAUACAGAAGAACAUACGAGACCUGGUGCUCCUCCUUCAGGAUAUGAUAGUUAUGGGGGUGGAUAUCCCAGUAAUAAUGCUUAUGGUGGCAGAAGUGACGACCAGAAACCUGCCUACGGAUGGAAUGUUGGGAACAGUGGCAGCCAGAGUGGAGGUAGAUACAGCCCUGCGCCCGGUCAUAAUACAGGCGGCUACGAGCCCUAUGGAACUGGUGAAGUUAACCAUUAUGGAGGCAGAUAUAGUCCAGCGACCGGGUACCCAGAAUCAUAUGGUUCUGGAACUUAUGGGGGGACUGCAGCUCCAGGAUACGGUUAUAAGCCUUAUGUUGAGGGCCAACAGGGAAAUUAUGGAGGUGGGUAUGGUGGAGGACAGUUUGGAGGGGGUCAAUCAUCUGGUUAUCCGGAAUUUGGGCAUGGUUAUGCCAGUAACAUUGGUGGCUAUGGUGGAGGUUACAAGGAUGAAGAAUAUAACUUGAAACGUAAUCAGGAACUCGGACGAGUCGGUUUUGGAAGCGGUUUCCCAGGCUUUAUAGGGGAUGAUAUUGGAAAUAUACUUGGUGGUUUUAUUUCGGGCAGUGGAGGCAAUAAAGGAGGUUUGAACAUAAAUGAUAUUACCGGCAUUAUUGGGAAUCUUUCUGGUGGCGGAGGAAGAAGCGGUAAAGGUGAUAAGCUUUCCAGCAUUAUUGGCGGAAUUGGUGGCUUAAUCGGAGGAAAAAAUAAGAAUCCUUUUGGUGGAGGAGGCCCUAAUGUUAAUCCCAGCAAUUUGAAUGGUGGGGUUGUAGAUGUUGUCAGUGGACUUGUCGGUAAGUUGGCGCAUCGCUACCUCGGUAUAGAUCCAGCCACCGGAAAAAUUAUUGGGGCUAUUGCUGGCAAUGUUAUAUUUAACUUGGGUGGCAAAGACAACUCUCUUGGCUCUGUUGGCAAAGUUAUUCUUGAUAACAUUAUCAGCGGGAAGUUUAAGAGAAAGGUUAACCCAUAUGUCCCUCCAGAGCCGACACGGCCUGGAAGGCUUCCGACACCAGGGGAAAGGGCCGAAGCAAUAGACUUCUAUGAGGAGCGUGAUCGAUGUCUUCGAGAAAGAUCCCUUUUUGAAGAUCCUGAGUUUCCGGCUACUGACAGAAGCUUGUACUAUAGAGAAAGACCAAGAAGGAGAGUUGUAUGGCUGAGACCUGGUGAAAUCGUAAAUGAGCCUCAGCUAAUAACUGAAGGUCAGAGUCGUUUUGAUGUAGUACAGGGUGAACUUGGAGAUUGCUGGUUGUUGGCAGCUGCGGCAAACUUGACUCUGAGAGAUGAACUGUUUUAUAGAGUUGUUCCUCCUGAUCAGAGCUUCACUGAUAACUAUGCGGGCAUAUUUCAUUUUCAAUUUUGGCACUAUGGACAUUGGAUUGACGUGAUCGUCGAUGACCGUUUGCCAACUGUUGAUGGGGAGUUGAUUUAUAUGCAUUCUCGAGACAAUAACGAAUUCUGGAGUGCAUUGCUCGAAAAAGCUUACGCGAAGCUGCACGGGUCUUACGAAGCUCUUAAAGGAGGCACCACGUCAGAAGCUCUUGAGGACUUUACUGGUGGUCUUACUGAAUUCGUUGACUUAAAACAACCUCCAAACCACCUGAUGGAGUUGAUGAUGAGAGCUUUCGAAAUGGGUUCGCUAUUCGGAUGUAGUAUUGAGGCGGAUCCUCACGUUUUAGAAGCGAGGUUGUCGAAUGGUUUGGUCCGGGGUCACGCUUAUAGCAUAACUAGCAUGCGGAUGGUCAAUACUCACUAUGGUUCACUCCCCCUUCUACGUAUACGGAAUCCGUGGGGGAAUCAGCAAGAAUGGAAUGGGCCGUGGUCAGAUAAUUCGAGAGAGUGGCACAGCAUAAGUGACAGAGAAAAGCAAGAGAUGGGACUUACUUUUGCUCAUGAUGGAGAGUUCUGGAUGUCUUUUGAUGACUUUCUCCGAAACUUUGAGAAGAUGGAAAUUUGCAAUCUUGGUCCAGAUGUCAUGGAUGAGGUUUAUGAAAUGACCGGGGUGCGUUCUUCCCAAAAUAAUUGGUCCGUUGUCACUCAUGAUGGAUCGUGGGUUGCAAAUUAUUCUGCUGGUGGCUGUCGUAACUAUAUCAACAGCUUUGCUCACAACCCACAGUACAGAGUGCAGUUAACUGAUGCCGAUCCGAAUGACGAUGACGAUUUAUGUACUGUAAUAAUUGCUGUUAUGCAGAAGUACCGACGAGAACAAAAACACUUGGGUCUGGACAACCACGCUAUUGGAUUUGCA